AUGCCUGUAUCUGCAUCCCCAGAAUAUCAAAGUUUGAAGCGAAUCUUCAAAAAAAUCAUAGCAUGCAUCCUAAUUGGCUGUUUAAUUCUUUCUAAACUUUCCAACAUCUCAGCUGUUGAACAACACUAUAAAAUUCUUGCGAAAGUCGCUUUGUUCAUUACUUACUUUUCUAUUGCUGGCAUUGCUUUUUUGAUCCCAAUGUACUAUUCUGCUGGAGCUGUGAAAAAUUACAACAUCUUCUUGUUUUGCUCAUGCGGAUCUUUAAUCAUUGAAGCUGCUGAAUUUUUCCUAUUUCUUGGUGUUUUCAGUAGCGGAAAGUGGGUUAUGGUUGAGCUGGGAAACCUAUCAGUUCUCCUACUAGUUCUCACACUAAUCGAAGGGCUUUUUGAAGACAAAAAACAAAUAAUUAUUGGAGAAAACCUUUCUCUCAUUGAAACAAAUCCAAGCAGAUAUUUUACUGAUGUUGAAGGACAAAGUGGAACAUUGAUAGAAUUUGAUGAAUCUAGAGAUGAAAUUAUUCUCAGAUGUAGAGAAUUCAGACGUGUUUGGGGGAGAAGCAGAUCCAUUUGA